UCUCUCUACACACACUAACCUUUAAGACAACCAGCGCUCUCUCUCUCUCCACACACUAGCCUUUAAGACAACCAGCGCUCUCUCUCUCUAGACAAACACCUAGCCUAGGGCCAACUCAUGGGAGAACCUGAGGUCCAUUAUUAGGGCUUUCAUUCAUCGUUUAGACAUAUUUGGGCACUUAAUUUGCCAUAUCUUUUUGUGUAACCCUACUAUUGCCCGCAAAGUCUCCAUUAUCAGAGAAUUAGGGCAAAUUGAGAAGGGAGGAGUGCGAAAAAAUGGAAGUUUGAGCUCGCUUUCACGUUAUUCAUUGGGAUUGCAGAUGAUUCAAUGGAUACAAACCAACAAAUCUCGAUUUUUACGACUGCAAGCCUUCCAUGGAUGACUGGAACUGCAGUGAACCCUCUAUUCCGAGCAGCAUAUCUCGCAAAGGCAGGACAUGGAAGAGUUACACUUUUUAUUCCCUGGCUUUCUUUAAAGGAGCAAGAACUGGUUUACCCCAGUGGAAUCACUUUCUCCACACCUUUAGAGCAGGAAGCCUACAUUCGUCAAUGGCUUGAAGAGAAGACUGGUUUUUCAUCGGAUUUCAACAUACGCUUCUAUCCUGGAAGGUUUUCUACAGAUAAAAGGAGCAUCCUAGCUGUUGGGGAUAAUACCGAACUAGUUCCUGAUGAAGAGGCUGAUAUUGCAGUUCUCGAGGAGCCAGAGCAUCUUACUUGGUAUCAUCAUGGUCGGAGUUGGAAAACCAAAUUUCGGCGAGUUAUUGGUGUUGUGCAUACAAAUUAUAUUGAAUACGUGAAAAGAGAAAAGAAUGGACGUGUCCAAGCAUUUUUCUUGAACUACGUCAAUAAUUGGGUUACUCAAAUAUACUGUCACAAGGUCAUAAGACUUUCAGCGGCAACUCAGGACCUUCCAAGGUCCGUAAUCUGUAAUGUCCAUGGAGUUGGCCCCAAAUUUCUUGAGGUGGGCCUCAAGAAACAAGAGCAGCAGAAACUGGGUGGCCGAACCUUCUCCAAGGGUGCUUACUACAUUGGCAAGAUGGUUUGGAGCAAAGGAUACAAAGAGCUACUGCAACUACUCUCAGAGCACCAGAGUAAGCUUGCAGACUUUGAAAUAGAUUUAUAUGGUAAUGGGGAAGACUCUGUUCAAAUUCGAGAGGCUGCCCGUAAGCUGUCACUAACCAUUAAUGUCUAUCCAGGACGAGAUCACGCUGACCCACUUUUUCACGAGUACAAGGUCUUCAUAAAUCCUAGCACAACUGACGUGGUGUGCACGACGACUGCCGAGGCUCUUGCCAUGGGCAAGAUUGUGAUUUGUGCAGACCAUGUAUCCAAUGACUUCUUUCGUGAAUUUCCCAAUUGCCGAACCUACAAGGGGUCAAAUGGGUUUCCCCCAAUUGUAAGGGCAGCCAUGGAAAGUGAGCCCUUACCUCUAAGCGAUGAGCUUAGGCACCGACUUUCAUGGGAAGCAGCCACUGAAAGGUUUGUUAAGGCAGCUGAACUCAAUGAACAGUCCUUGGGAGGUAAAGUAGUCAGUUCAUAUCCAUCAAAGGGGUUCAUGUCAAUCUCUUUUGAGAUGAGUGAUAUCCGAAGAUUUGUGGAUGAUGCCUCAGCCUUCAUGCACAAUGCAGCUUCAGGGAUUGAGCCGGCUAGGAGGGCUUUCGGUGCAAUUCCUAAGACCUUGUACCCUGAUGAGCAACAAUGUAGGGAGCUAGGAUUGAAACCUAAUGGGACCAAUAAGAGUGGGAAACAGUGGUUCAAGCGAUAGCGGUGGUGAUGAUGGUGAUUAUUGACAUGAUUUGUGCCAUGGUGGUGGUGAUUGUGAUUAUUGACAUGAUUUUGUUUCAUAUGGACAACAUAUGGUGUCACUGGUUCUUGAUAUGGGAGGCAGUGAUGUUGAUUACAUGGUGGAAUUUGUAAACUAUUAAUGGGAUAUGAUUCGAUAGUGGUGAUUAUUAUCGAUCAACUGUGUGAGAUGAUACUCAAACAUAAAAAGAAAGAGGGAAAUUAUGUGAGAUGAUGCAGGUUCAUGCUUUAUUCUAUAA